UUGGUGAACUUUGAGGAAACGACCAUUCCAAAGGAGGCUUUGGAAAUAUAUAUCACCGGCGGCGAAGAGAUAAUUUUCGCGGCCAAAACGUUUAACGCCCUGCCAGGACUGACGUUGAUAGAAAUAAAACGAGCUGGCAAAAUUGUGAUGGAGAAAAAAUCUUUUUAUAACAUUAACUCUUCUAGUCUACUAAUUCAAAUAAGGAACUGUGAUGAAAUUGUAAUUAGGACUGGGGCAUUUGAAUAUGUACAGAUCAUUUUCGACAACGUAACCAUACCAGAAAUACCUCGAGAAGUGUUCCUGAAACCGCUUGCAAGCGUUUCGUUCCACAAUUCCGUCAUCGGAGACAUACACACGGACGCCUUCAAAGCUGCCGAAAUAUCCUCCAUAUCCAUCGUCGGUACGGUUUUGAAUCGAAUUCAUGAGGGAGCCUUUACGGGCAGAACCUUGAUAUGCGACUUCAAAAUCAGCAAAUGUAACAUAUCCAAGCUACAGACCAGGUCAAUUAUGGCUGCGGUCGGGAAUUUCACGUUGAGCCAUUCCAUAAUCACAGAUAUCGAGCCAAGAGCCAUAAUGACCACGGUCGCCAAAGUCGAAAUAAUAGGAAACCAAAUAUUCAACUUCAACACCCGCGGCGCCGUCUUCAACAACUGGAACAAAAUAAACAUAGACGACAACAUCAUCAAACGCCUUUACCCCAACUUCGUAGAAGCAUCUGCCGGACCGGAAAACGAAAAACUCUCCUUCAAAGGCAACGAAAUAUACAAUACCGACGAAGACGCCCUCUCUUUCCUAUCUCAACUCGACGACAAGUUUAUCAUCUUCGACGACAACUUUUUCAACCAGUCCUGCAACUGUUCCAUCGACGAAUGGGUGGAGAGCAUCACAAACAACUCGCAGAAAGUGAAACUGGUCAUGGACACCAGCUUCUGUCCUGUCGACGAAUUCUUAUCGAGGUGUUUCUCGCUGCCCGUGGGGAUCAUCAACAUACAAAACUUCACCGAGAAAACCUGCGUCAACUUCACCGUUUGCGAACCCUACGAAGGCAAGACAAGGGUCGUGGACACCACGAGCAAGAUAUUCCUGCCAGAGGACGAUUCGGCUAAGCAGAGCUGGCUGAUAUUCAUGAUAACGGUGGUGAGCCUGUUCAUUCUUGCCAUCCUCGUCACCUUCAUAAUCUUGCUGGUGCGCGGGGGCCGGUGGCUGAAAGAAAACGGCUACUUCCGUAACAUGCACUACGCCAACAACGAAUUAAGCAACGACGACGAAGGCACCAUCGUUACUCUGGACGACAACAAUGAGCGGCUGAAAAUCCCCGAAGAUCUGACCAUGGAGUUUCUACAGGUGCUGUCUGUGCGUUUGGACGAUCCCAACACGCACCAAGAAGCCGCCGAGAUGAUCGAGCGGCUCUACGACAUGUUCAUCGUAGACGAUGGCUACGAGAACAACAAUCGGCAAGAGGAGGAAGCGCAUCUCUACGAGGAACUCGGUAAUCUCAACUUGCAGAUCCCUCCACCACCGUACGAGGAGGAUAAGGAGGUCGCGAACGGUCCGAGAAGCAUCCUCAGGUUGAUAGAGGAGAAAGUGAAUCAGCAAGCCGACGAUGGGGAGUCAAGCAAAGCUAAGGUGUCCAUGAUGGGAGUGUAUUCCGAACCGUCGGAUGCCAAGCCUAUAUCUAAUUUGUACGAUUUUUUAAAGGACGGGGGUGAACGAACCGAAAGGCGAGACAGUAAAGACACUAUGAAAUCAAACGGGUCCACUGGUUCGAGGCCGUUGCCUAGUACGCCUAAAGAGGCGUUCGAUAUAGAGGCUGGACCGUCAACAAAGUUUUAGAGGGGUGAUUGAAUAAAUGAAAAUACUUAAGAUGAAAAGUGGGUUCACGUUAAAUUCAGCUAUCGGUGUAUAUCGUCCCAUACAUGUGAUGCAAAGCUGAGGCAUGCUUGCGAGAGUAAAAAUUACAGUUUGGAAAUACAUGGUUCAGAUUUAUUGGUCAAUUUCAGCAGUGUAAGUUUAGAAGUGAGUGGUGAGAUCAAUUUGCACAUGAGCAUAUUUUGGCGAAAUUGGUAACCCAAUAACAAUCUAGCCUCCUAAACCAAGAUCAGAAACUGAAAUGUUCACCUCGUCCUAAAAACGAACAAGUUUGCAUAACACGCAUUACACAAAAUCAAAAUCAGUGAAUGAACCUCAUGCGGUGCCAGAUAUAUCAGUUUUGUAAUACACACAAUCGAAUUUGCGCAUGUACAUUGGUUUUGCAAUGCGAGUUUUGCAUCAACGCAUAUGGUCCAACUAUUAUUUGCGUAUCAAAUAUUGUCACUAUUAAUAUUAUAACGAUUAGCUACCCCUAGACAACAAUUUGAAAUAUCACCUGCAAGUCAUUCGAAAAGCUUCACAACUUCACCUCUAAUAAUUAUCUAUGGCUCAGUUGGAGUAUAAUGAAUCUUCUUUUAAAAAAUCUUAUGUUUCUUUUCCAUCUCAUGGAGGUAAUGAUGGUGCAUUGGUUCAUAACAUGCAGUAUUCUGUCAUAAUCCUAAGAUCUGAAAUCCAUUUGAGAAAGCCAAAAGAUUCACAUUUUCAUACUCCAAAACCAGUUUUUAUUAAAUUAUGAGUCAGGAUUGUAAGGUAUCUAGCUGAAGAUUUCUAGGAUUCAAUGAAUAGAAAGACAAGAGUUUCACUCUCAGCCAAAAUACAAAUGGAACCCUUCUUCCCUAGAAAACGUCACCAAAACAAAAAUUUUUAGAUAUUCUCCAAAGAUGUAUUCAAUGAAAGCAUGUAACACGGUCCUUGUCAUUCAGACAAUAUUGACUUUUCCUCUACCUUACAUUUCUUAUACUUCUAAUAUUGUCUCACUGCUGUAUUCUGAAAGGUAUUAAUUUUGUUUCAUUCUCUAUGGGAGGUCGUCAAAGAACUACCUCAACCUGAAAAAUUCAUUCUUUCUUCAAUAGAAAAUUUAUUUGUAGAGUAGCUUUAAUUCAAACAUAAUAUUCGUUUGGCGUAGAAAAUGCAUUAAUGUACUUCACUGUAUAUUUUAGUGAAGGAACUGUGGGAUAUCUUUCCCUAGUCCUUUCUCUGUACAGACCUGCGUGGAUUUUUUAAAUCUGCAUUCUUUUAAUAUCGUUGUGAUUUCAUAAACAUCUCUUUGGUGCCUGUCCCCUAUCUUUCCUUUCUCAUAUCACAAACUACACUUAAUGAUUUGAUCUUCACAAACUUUAUUUUGAAAAAUAUCACGACACGUUUCACUAUCACAGUAGCUUUUUCGUAGUGAAUAACAUACUGAAAGAUUAUUCUUUACUCUAAUUCUUCUGAGGAUCAUCGUUCAAAGUGGACAACGACUGAUUAAUGAAAAGAUGGAAUUUUAUACUGAGAGAGAGAGAGGGAGGGGAGUUAUACUUUCAGCAGAUAACAGCUGAAGUCUUUUUUGUCAUGUGGUUUGAUAAUUUCAUUUUUGAAUCGAAGAUCGAAGAACAUUACGUGUUCUGUGGCAUACAUUACCUUUAAAGCCCAAAUCCAGCAUUGACAGUAAUGCUUACCGCAUAUUCAGCAAAAUAUUCAGUUGAUGUUUUGCCAACUGCAGAGAGCAUACAAUGUGCAAGUAAUAUUUUCAUUGUGAAAAAAUUUAACAAGUUUUGAUCUGUGCGAAUUAUUAGAUCAAUAGAUACGCCACAUAAUUGAAAAGAAGUAUCUUGCACUGGAAUAUUGCACGACAUCGUGCAACUCAUUGUUUCUUUAGAGAUUAAUAACAAACAGAAAGUGAAUGUAUGGUACGGUACAUUAUUCAAAUUGUUGCUCUAAAAAAACAAGAACAAAAAUUCCUAGUUCAAGUGAACUCACUUCAAGAAAAAUCAAAUCUCACUUCACUGUAUAGGCAACUUCAUUUUAUAUUUCCCCGAGCUAAAUAGUUAAUAAUUGCCAUUUUAAUCAAUAUCUGCAAGGUGUGUCUUGCCUUACUGUGAUAAUGUACAGUUUUAAUUACCUUGAACUUUUUAUAUUAGUUGUAUAUUUUGUAUUUUAAUCGAAAUGAAUAUUGUAAUUUUUUUCAUAGUAAAAUAGCUGUAUUACAA